AUUCUCCUCCUGAUGUGUUCUCACUGCUGCGCAUCAAAACACUGAGAAAUCCUGCUGGACUCCUUCAUCUUCAUCCUAUAACACUGCACUACAAGUCCUCGCGGCCCCCCACCGUGCCCCCCAUGGCUCUGCAGGAGCUGGGUAUCAGCCUGUCCAUGACGGGCCUGGCCGGGACCAUGCUGAUCUGCGGGCUGCCCAUGUGGAAGGUCACGGCCUUCAUCGGCACCCACCUGGUGGUCAUGCAGGUGUUCUGGGAGGGUCUGUGGAUGACCUGCGUCAGCGAGUAYACGGGUCAGAUGCAGUGUAAGCUCUACGACGCCCUGCUGGACCUGGCGCCGGACCUGCAGGCGGCCCGGGGGCUCAUCUGCAUCAGCCUGGUGCUGGGGUGUCUGGGCUUCCUGGUCUUCCUCCUGGGAGCGCGCUGCACCAACUGCCUGAGCCACCCUCAGAUCAAGGCCCGGGUGGUGGGCAGCUCGGGGGCCGUCUUCUGCCUGGCGGCCCUCACCACCAUGGUGGCCGUGGCCUGGACCGCCAACGCCAUCAUCUUGGAUUUUUACAAUCCUCGGGUCCCCGAGGUGCUGAAGAGGGAGCUGGGAGCGGCCAUUUACAUCGGCUUUGUGGCGUCUGGGCUGCUGUUCUGUGGGGGGGCCGUCCUGUGUCUGAGCUGCCACAGGGGCGGGGCCAGAGUCCAGGCCGGUGGGUACAGGCGGGCCAAGACGUCCUCACGCAGCAGCUACGCCAUCAAGAACUAUGUGUGACAGGUUUAACUGGGACUUAUUGGUCCGGUCUGCGGAGAACACGGGGAGGAACUGAACUUUAGCUCUGCUCGAGUUGCAGCUAAAACCAAAAAUAUCAAAUCUGUUUCUUCAGCUGAUUGUCGGGUUAGUUUUGUUUGUUGUUCUCAUUACUCUUUUGCUACUUUUAGCUUUUAGCUUCUUGGUUUAUGCUAGUGUUGUCAGAUUCAGCUCCUUCAUUGUUUACACGUUAACUUUCACAGAAAAUGUAAAUUCCCCAGUUUUUUUUCUUGUUUUCUUUUACAGAACGUCUUCAAUCUCAUAAUCUGUUUCUUUACGACACAUCCUGUUCCCUCCAUCUUGUCUCAAAACUUCAGCUGCAGAAGCUCAUCCUGCUGCCACCAACGUUAAAUCAGACUUAUGACCAAAUAAAUCUUUGUUUCACAACAUCGGA